AUGGCAUCUCCACAUGACACGGCUUUGACGCAUGUAAAAGUGCGAGGCAAGCGCCAUGGCCGUUCAGCCGAGAAAUUUCAUACGGGCAAGCGCCGCAGAAUAGAGCUGCAGAAGCGCCACUCUACAUCUGCACACCUUCCGGCAGAAUCCUCCCGACCUACUUCGUUGAAAUCGCGCAAACGCAAGCAGUCUUCUGACAGCCAUGAGGAGACUCCUUUGGAAAAGCUUCCCGCGGAAGUUCUGCAACAGAUCUUUGACCACUCGGCCAACAUCGAACUACCGCUUGUGUCUCGGCAACUGCUAUUCAAACUGUCAAAGAGUCAGCACCUCCAGCAUCACCUCACCUCGCGGAUCCUUGCACCUGUACUUGGACACCCCAACACCGAGGUAACAGCAAGAGAUCUAUCCGAUGCCACGAGACUGCUUAACAGCAGGUUUGUCACUUGGGAUUUCUUUGCAUUUUGGCUUCGCAAUCAACCAGAAGCUGGCUCCAUUGCCAGUAGACCUUCUGUCGAUUCUGCCGAUGUUGAAUAUCGUCAGCUCUGGUCGGCACUUGCACCUACACCGGAUUUGCUGCCUCCCAAGAAGCUCCUGUUCCCUCCUUUUACGCAGGACAAGGUUGAGUUCUUGGCAGUCUUGGCUCAAGGCAUCCGGGACGUCGCCGCUAACGACGCAUCCUAUGGCGAAGUUGCAUAUAAUGGCCUUGUUGCUGCUAUCCAAUCGGCACAGCCUGAGAUGAUUUCCAUGCUUCUGGGUAUGGGCGUGAAUGUGGAUACCGAGUUGCUGCGUAUCGCUGUGACUGAAGCUGGAUGCAACGAGGACAUUGUCAGGAUGCUGAUCGAACAUUCUGGUCAUGAUAACAAUGAAUCCGCAUCGCAUGCCGGUACCCGUUGUGUGAGUGGGUCUAUUGACUUACUCGACCCAGCCUUGUGGGCGUGGGCUGAGAAAGCCACGGAAGCAAAGGCCGGCAAGGGUGAAUGGCUAGUGGUACAGCUGAGAGGUGCGCAGCAGCGAAAGACAGACCGAGACUUUUAG